AGAGAGCCAAAAGAAUCAGAAAAGUGAAAAGAAGGUAGGGCAAACAAGGAGGCCUUCGCAGUUCAAUCCGUAGAUUCUUCCUCUUCUACAAUCUUCUCCGUCUAUAUUUGCUGAAACAUUCAAUCACAUCUCUAGCUCUCUCUCUCUCUCUCUCUCUCUCUCUCUGCAGAUCGAUUUGCAUUUUCGGGGAUGUCGAAAAUGAAGCUGGACCGCAAGCCUCCGCUCGCCAGAUCUCCGGCCCGCCUUCGUCCCCGUCGUGUCCUCCGAUCGAGCGCGAGCGCGAUGAGAUCUUUGCAGACCCCUCCAGGAUCUUUGACGAAAUCGCAAAAACUGAGCCGCGCGUGGGACAUCGAUGAAUCGGAGCUCCGGCCCGAGUACCGCUCCAUCUCGUGCGAGCUCCGCGCGCUGACGGAGAUGGUCCGCGAUGAGCUCAGCAACACGGAUCCCGCUGACUCCUUCUUCACCAACAGCUUAGGGGCCAACACGGUCUCCGUGUUCGAGAGAGGGAGAUUCUACGACGUGUACUGCGCGAGGAGGAACGAGAGGUUGAAGAGGAAGAAAGGCGGCGAGUCGGGAGAGGAAAAGAAGUCCGCUUACGGCCUCGGCGUCACGGUCGAGCCGGCGAAGAGGAGGGAAGGGAAGAAGCUGGAGAGCCUGAGGAAAUCGGUCUGUGCGGCUUACUCCAUGGAGAGGAAAGAGGGGACUCCGGCUCCGAGGUACUUGCUCAGGAGCAGCACGAAGGAGAACAAGAAGCCUCCCCUGGCAGUUAACUAUGAGAAGUCUGCCGUCGGUGAGCGAAGGAUUGGAGCUCGGAGAGCGAAGAAAAACUGAGGAUCCAAAUGAUUGAGAAGGAUUAGAGGUUUUUGAUUCGAACUGGGUUUUGAAAUUCCUCUUGGGAUGAAAGUUUGGCUGUCUAUAAGAUUUUGAUUGUGAGCGUGCGUGAACAUUACUCUGGGGAUUGUUCGGCUACAUCAGUUCGGCAAAUGUGUAAAGCGUUUGUGGAGUGGAAUCUUUAGUUUUCAAAGCAAAUAACGUUUUGUCCAGUGUAA